CCCACUCCACUCUAGAACCACCACUCCCACCUCAACUUGCUCACACAAUGUUUUGCUAAUUACAUAAACAUAGUCUCGAGAUAAUGUUUUUUUCUUACUCUCCAUUCGCCAAAAAUUUUUAAAAAAUUAAGUAAAACCCCAAUAAUUUCCCAACAAAAUAUUUUCUAUCCCACCAAACACACCCAUAGAAUGAGACCCCCAUUUAAAAGUCAGGUGGUCAACAACAACAUUUCAAAAACUAGGAAAAAUUUUGCUAGCAAAUUAGGCGGGAAAAUUUUCAAAUUUUUUCUGAACACUCCGAUAAUACUGAAUUUGGAGAAUUUCCCAUUUUUAGUUAGGGUUAACAGUUGACACUGAAUUUGGAGAAUUCCGUAACAAUGAAUAAUACUGUUUCAUUGAAUUUGGAUAACCCAAUUCGGGAUGCAAUUUCAAGAAUUCGAUUCGCACCACAUUCGAAUAAUCUGCUUAUUUCUUCUUGGGAUUCUAGUCUUCGAUUGUACGAUGUUGAUAGCUCUAAGCUCCGAAUGGAAGCUCCCGGUGAAGCUGCACUUCUUGAUUGCUGUUUUGAGAGCGAAAGGGUGUGCUUUAGUGCUGCUUCUGAUGGUUCAGUUAACAGGUUUCUGGUCCUGGUUUCUACUUGGGUAUGAUUUGGGUUCAGGCAUUAAAGCCUCUGUGGGAAAUCAUGGUGAUUUAGCAACCUGUGUUGAAUAUUCUGCCGAAACAUGUCAAAUAGUUACUGCUGGUUGGGAUAGAAAGAUAAAUUUUUGGGAUGCUCGUUCAACACAAUCUCAUGGAUUCUUGAACAGCUUAGUUUCAGAUGUGGAGUCAAUGUCACUAUGUGGAUUAAAUUUGAUGUUUUCUGCUGGCUCCUCAGUUAAUAUAUAUGACAUACGAAGUUAUAAGACAUCAGUUCACACGAAAGGCAUCAAAGUAAAAUGUAUACGGCCAAUUUUUAAUCCUAAAGGAUUUGUUGUUGGAUCAAUUGAUGGGCGAGUUCUUCUGGAGUACAUCUGCAAAUCCAGCUUAAAUGAGGGGUAUGCAUUUAGAUGUCAUCCAAAGGUUAAAGAUGGGAGGCGUCAUCUUGUAACAAUUAACGACAUUGCAUUUAACCCAUCCAUUAUCGGUUCAUUUGUUACUGGUGACAAUGAUGGAUAUGCCACCUUGUGGGAUGCUCGAGGAAGGAAACGAAUAUUUGAGAUGUCAAGAUAUCCCAACAGUGUCGUCUCUCUAUCAUAUAGUCAUGAUGGAUUACUUUUAGCAGUCGCAUCUAGUUAUUCAUACCAAGAAGCUAAUGAAAUAGAAGAGCCCCCUCAGAUAUUUGUACAUGAAAUGGGGAACUGUGAUCUCAUGUCGCCUUCUUCUGGAGCUUCAAACAAAAAAUGACUGCUAAUACACAACUCAGAUUAUGGUUGUUGCUUGUCUUUCGUUAUUUCAAGCUAACUGUUAAUCAGCCAAUUUACCUGUGCACAAGUUGGCUUUUCCCGGCUCACCUUCUCUGAUGGCUAUUUGAAUCUUACUGAGAUAACAAGGGAAGGACUCAAACAGAAAAUUGGAUGCCGUAAUGUAGGAUUUUCACACUGAUGUAACGUCAUGUCAAGUUUGCUUAGUGGAAUGUAUUUCGAAUUUAAUUUAUCAUCUACCACAAAACGAAGUGCUCAUGCCAAAAAUAUGUUGUCAAAUUGAUUGAUUUGAGCCUAGAUUUUGUCAAAUUGAUUGAUGUUGGAUGGAUCUUUAUAAGUUUUAGUUCAUACCAUUUAUGAUCUUAUAUAUUAGCCCUUCACAUGUCUAA